AAUUGUGACGAUUUUUCUUUUAUGUUGAAGUGUAAUCCAUACUGAAGACUGUAAAUCCAUACUGAAGGCCACUAAAUCUAGGAAAUGAUUACUGGGUCAAAACCAAAAACUCCAAACCCGUUGCCAUCUAGUUGAUUCCGACUCAUAGCGACUCCAUAGGAUGGGGUAGAACCUGCUCCAUAGGGUUUCCAAGACUGUAAUCUUUACGGAAGCAGACUGCCACAUCUUUCUCUGGUGGGUUUGAACUUCCAGCCUUUCCGUUAGCAGCCAAGUGGUUCACUACUGUGCCACCAGGGCUCCUUGGUUACUGGGUUAGGGUUCACUAAUUGCCCAAUGAUUAUACUAGCAAAGUUGACACUUGAAACUGGUAUAACUGUAUAUUUAUUCUUUCCUCUUUUCCUUGACCUAGAAAGAUAGUUGCCACGUUUUCUCACUAAAACUGCUGAGGUAAUGGAGCACAUUCCCUGUCCACCAUUUUGUGGGUCAGUGAAUGGUGGCCUGUGAGAUUUUUAAGUGCAGAUCCAGGACCACUGAGGCCUGGAGCCCAGGGUGCUGGACUUGACUUCAUGGCUUUUGCUUCAGCGGCCGUGAGUUAAUAAUGACAUCUUUCUGCAGGGGGGCCUUCCCAGGCAGAUUUUAUGCUUUCUACUAGGGUAGUUACUGUGUAUCUCUUUAAUUUUAUUUUUAAUUUUUAAACUAAUACAUACACUUAGUUUAUAUAAUCAGUUAGUCCUAAGAAGCAUAGGAAAAAACAAAAAAAAAGGCAACCCUCCCCUCCUGCCUUUUCUCCCUGGAGAGGUGGCAGCCAUGUGCAACUUCUUUAGAUGUUUCUUUUGGCAUUUACUUCAUCUCUGAAUAAUCUGCUGCUUGUAUUGUCAUGUCUUACCUAUUUUGGGAUUACCUGUUAGCUUCCACUAAUGGUAGGUGAAGAUUUUAGUUCUCUCACACUCCCUCUUAUGCUCCCCCAGUCUCCUAUCUUGCUAGGACAUGGUUUUGGUUCAGUACAUUUGCAGAGUCUUCAUCAGUAUGUCCAGGUAAUUACUGUGCUGUGCUGGGCUACGGGGUAAACUAUAUUUCUUCUUUGUAUAACUUUUAAUAAUUGCCUACGUUCAAUUUGCCUGUUUUCCUUUGAACCUCAAAAUAAUGUUUUUGUACCAUCCCUUAAUUUUGUAACAUGUUUCUCAAUUUAAUUUUUUACCCAUUCAGCCCUGUCAGGUCGUUCAUCGGUUCCACGUUCUUCCUGGAGAUGGUCCUCGCUCACCCUCUCAUGCGUGGUGCACAGCUGUCAUCCUGGGAAUUCUCCCCACCUUCUCGAGCAAAGAACCACUUUUUACCUGCAUCUGAUGUCUCCCUCUCUCUGGGUUUACUCCCUCAUUGGGUUGGAGCACAUUCUCUAGUAGCUUCCUGGGAAAGGAUGGACAGGAGGCAAACAUUUUGGGACUGGCGUGUCAGAAAUGUAUUUACUGUACCAUCACACUUGAUUAGUAAGUUUGGCUGGAAAUCAGUUUGAACUCAUGGCUCCAAUAUCUUCUAGUUUCCAUUGUUGCUGUUGAGAAGUCUGGUUUGAUUCUUAAUUCUUCCAGGCAGUUCCGACUAAGGGAGAGGCUAAGAAGGACACCUGUAUGAAGACGGAGCUGCUGAAAGACGACGUACCCAUGGCUGCUGACGAAGGCUUAGCAGAGAAGCAGGGAGGGGAGGCCCACACAGCUGCAGAUGGUGAAACCAAUGGGUCCUAUGAAAACAGUGAUGCCAGCAGUCAUCCGAAUGCAGCAAAGCACUCUCAGGAGAACGCGAAAGCCAGCCCACAGGAAGGCACCAACAAACUGGCCCGAAUAGCUGAGAAUGGGAUCUCGGAACGAGACGUGGAGGCAGGAAAGCAGAACCACGUCAGAGCUGAGGAGCUCACCCAGACUGCCGUCGUCGGGAGCAAUGGGUUCUUCCUCGCCAAGCCGGCCCUGCAGGGGCAGCCCCUGAGGACUAGUGGCCCCUCGGCCCCCCCACUCCCUGGACAUGCCGCGAAGACCUUGCCAGGAGGAGCUGGGAAAGGGAGGACUUCGGGCGGGUUUUCUCAGUUGCAAGCCACAGUGCCAGCCAGGCUCGGGGAGGGGAGCCGGGAUGCAGAGGACAAGACGCCGCCAGCCCCGGGCCCUGACGUCAAGGUCCACCGAGCCCGGAAGACCAUGCCGAAGUCCGUCCUGGGCUUGCAUGCGGCCAGUAAGGAGCCUCGAGAAGUUCGAGAAGCCAGAGACCACAAGGAGUUGAAGGAGGAGAUCAACAGGAAUGUGGCUGAUUUUGGGAGACAGCAGCUCUUACCCCCGUUUCCAUCCCUGCAUCAGUCGCUACCUCAGAACCAGUGCUACGUGGCCACUGCAAAGUCCCAGACAGCUUGCUUGCCUUUUGUUUUAGCAGCUGCAGUAUCUCGGAAGAAAAAACGAAGAAUGGGAACCUAUAGCCUGGUUCCUAAGAAAAAGACCAAAGUAUUAAAACAGAGGACGGUGAUUGAGAUGUUUAAGAGUAUAACUCAUUCCACUGUGGGUUCCAAGGGUGAGAAGGACCUGGGUGACAGCACCCUGCAUGUGAAUGGAGAGAGUCUGGAGAUGGACUCAGAAGAGGAUGACUCCGAGGAGCUAGACGAGGACGAUGAGCACGCGGCAGAGCAGGCAGCGGCGUUUCCUACGGAGGACAGCCGGACUUCCAAAGAGAGCAUGUCGGAGACUGACCGGGCCCAGAAGCUGGACGGCGAGUCAGAGGAGGAGCCAGAGUCAGCGGACACCGGCGACGAGGAGGAAGAUGGGGACGAGUCUGACUUGAGUUCUGAAUCCAGCAUUAAGAAGAAGUUUCUCAAAAGGAAAGGGAAGACUGACAGCCCGUGGAUCAAACCAGCCAGGAAGAGGCGACGGAGGAACAAGAAGAAGCAGAGUGGAGAGCUAGGUUCUGAGGCGUAUAAAUCAUCUUCAGGAAGCACAGAGCAGACUGCACCCGGAGACAGCAUGGGAUACAUGGAAGUUCCCCUGGAUUCUCUGGAUCUGCGUGUCAAAGGGAUUCUGUCCUCACAAGUAGAAGGGCUGGCCAACGGUCCUGGGACAGCGGACGCAGAUGGCCUCCAGGAAGUGCCUCUGUGUAGCUGCCGGAUGGAAACCCCCAAGAGCCGAGAGAUCACCACCCUGGCCAAUAACCAGUGCAUGGCCACCGAGAGUGUGGACCACGAGCUAGGCCGGUGCACCAACAGCGUGGCCAAAUUCGAGCUGAUGCGCCCGUCUAACAGAGUGCCACUCCUGGUGCUGUGCGAGGACCACAGGGCACGGAUGGUGAAGCACCAGUGCUGCCCGGGCUGCGGCUACUUCUGCACGGCGGGUAAUUUCAUGGAGUGUCAGCCUGAGAGCAGCGUUUCCCAUCGCUUCCACAAGGACUGUGCCUCUCGCGUCAACAACAUGAGCUAUUGCCCCCACUGCGGCGAGGAGGCCGCUAAGGCCCGGGAGGUGACCAUCGCCAAGGCCGACACAACUUCCACUGUGACUCUGGUGCCCGGGCUGGAGAAGGCUGCCGCCGCCGAGGGCAGGGCCGACACAACUACCGGCAGCGGUGCCGGGACCCACCUCAUGGAGGGAGACAAACUACAGAGCUUGACCAUGCAGGCGCAUGAGGGCUUCGAGCUGACAGGGCCAUCGGGUCCUGUGAAGCCAGCACCCGGCCUCCCUCAGGGGCCAGGCAAGGAGACGCUAGAGAGUGCUCUGAUCGCGCUGGACUCGGAGAAGCCCAAGAAGCUCCGCUUCCACCCGAAGCAGCUGUACUUUUCUGCCAGGCAGGGUGAGCUGCAGAAGGUGCUGCUCAUGCUGGUGGACGGAAUUGACCCCAACUUCAAGAUGGAACACCAGAGCAAGCGUUGUCCACUGCAUGCUGCUGCUGAGGCUGGCCACGUGGACGUCUGCCACAUGCUGAUACAGGCGGGCGCCAACAUUGACACCUGUUCUGAGGACCAGCGAACCCCACUGAUGGAGGCUGCGGAGAACAACCACCUGGACGCAGUCAAGUACCUCAUCAAGGCGGGAGCACUCGUGGACCCCAAGGACGCAGAGGGUUCCACGUGUCUGCACCUGGCUGCCAAGAAGGGCCACUAUGACGUUGUCCAGUAUCUGCUCUCCAACGGACAGAUGGACGUCAAUUGUCAGGACGAUGGUGGCUGGACGCCAAUGAUCUGGGCCACCGAGUACAAGCAUGUUGAUCUUGUGAAGCUGCUGCUCUCCAAGGGGUCUGACAUCAACAUCCGAGACAACGAGGAGAACAUCUGCCUGCACUGGGCAGCAUUUUCAGGCUGCAUGGAAAUCGCAGAGAUCCUGCUGGCCGCCAAGUGCGAUCUUCAUGCCGUCAACAUCCAUGGGGACUCGCCGCUGCACAUCGCCGCCCGGGAGAACCGCUACGAAUGUGUCGUCCUCUUCCUUUCUUGGGACUCUGACAUCACCUUGAAGAACAAGGAGGGCGAGACACCCCUGCAGUGUGCGAGCCUCAACUCCCAGGUGUGGACGGCCCUGCAGAUGAGCAAGGCCCUUCGAGACUCGGCACCGGACCAGCCCGCCCCAAAGGAGCGGAUGGUGAGCAGAGACAUCGCGCGGGGCUAUGAACGCAUCCCCAUUCCCUGCGUCAACGCGGUGGACAGCGAGCCAUGCCCCAGCAACUACAAAUACGUGUCUCAGAACUGUGUGACGUCCCCCAUGAACAUCGACAGGAACAUCACUCACCUGCAGUACUGCAUUUGCAUCGAUGAUUGCUCCUCCAGUAACUGCAUGUGUGGCCAGCUCAGCAUGCGCUGCUGGUAUGAUAAGGAUGGCCGCCUGCUGCCAGAGUUUAACAUGGCAGAGCCGCCUUUGAUCUUCGAGUGCAAUCAUGCCUGCGCCUGCUGGAGGAACUGCCGCAACAGGGUUGUGCAGAACGGUCUCAGGACUCGGCUCCAGCUCUACCGGACACACAACAUGGGCUGGGGCGUUCGGGCCCUGCAGGAUAUCCCGCUGGGUACCUUCGUCUGCGAGUACGUCGGGGAGCUUAUCUCCGACUCCGAGGCUGACGUCCGGGAAGAGGACUCUUACCUCUUUGACCUUGACAACAAGGAUGGAGACGUGUACUGCAUCGAUGCGCGCUUCUACGGGAACGUCAGCCGCUUCAUCAACCACCACUGCGAGCCCAACCUGGUUCCCGUGCGCGUCUUCAUGUCCCACCAGGACCUGCGCUUCCCCCGUGUUGCGCUCUUCAGCACCCGCCCCAUUGUGGCCGGCGAGCAGCUGGGGUUUGACUACGGGGACCGCUUCUGGGACAUCAAAGGCAAGCUGUUUGGGUGCCAGUGCGGCUCCCCCAAGUGCCGGCACUCGAGCACAGCCCUGGCACAGCGGCAGGCCAGCGCAGCCCAGGAGACCCAGGAGAACGGUCUGCCGGACACCAGCUCCUCCGCCACUGCUGAUCCCCUAUGAGGGCAGGGAGGGGGCGGGAAGCUCCAGCACUCAAUACUGCUUAGACUAUGUUUAGAGGGCGGGAGCCUGCGGACAUCGAGUGGGCGUGAGGUCUCGGCCAUGCCAGCCACCGGAGGAGGCUGGGGUGAUGAUAAGUCUCUGCCAAGCUCCUGGGUGGGUCAGGGCCACCUCGUGUGAACGCCGCAGCCUUGCAACCGGGCCGUGCUCAGGGCUGAGCGGAACCUUGGGUACCCACGGUGGCGCCGCCCUGUGAGUCUCUGCGUGCAGGCUGCCGCUUCCACGUCUCCCUUUCCCUCCUCCGGCUUUGUGCCGCCCCCACCUGGGCCAUCGGCAGUGUUCUCCUCUGGAAGAGGCCUGUGCGAGCCUGCCAAAGUGCCGUCUCCCGUGCUGACCCCGGCGCCUGCGUGGCUGCGUGCUGGGCACCAAGGACGCUGGGUCUCCUGACCACCAUCGCCGUCCUGGAGGAAAUUCCGGAGGAAAUGUUGGUUUGCUUUUCAAAAGAAAGUCUCUGUCUCGCCCUGUUCCAAGCCUCUGGCUGCAUUUCCUCGUGAGAAGGCAGCUUGGUGAGCGUGAGGGCCGCGCCAGCUGCUGCCAGUGUGGGCAUGAGCACCCCCCUGAUUUUUAAGCCACACGCCAUGAUGACAGUAACUGAUUUAUUUUCUACCAUUACUGAACAUUAGGACAGAUGACAAAGAAAACAAACAGACAAUGGUGCUGACCUGGUGUGGUCUCUACUCACCACAUGAAUAUCAACUGUACAUGAGAACAAAGGGGUUUUAGAAUAAAACGCAGGAAAACCUUUUUUUAAAAUGUUAGUCUUGUAGUGUGAAUAAAUUCGCCAUCACCUUUUGUGUGGUGGCCGGCAGGUCACAUACUUUUUUUCGGCAUAUAUCUUUUUAAAUCCUGUAACUAGUGCGGUAACCGUGGGGUUUGUGCGAUCUUCUAAACAUUCACGAUGCAGUCAUGUUUAUUUUUUUCUGUUAAGAUGUUUUUGACAGUUUGAAGAGCGGUCUUUUGGCUCAGACCAUUUCUUGUUCUGUUUUCAAUGAAAUCAAUAAAAAAAGACGUACUUUAAGUGAGGUUUUUAUCACGACAUCCUAUUUCAGCUGGUCUCUGCUGCCCGUUCUGCUGUCUGGCGCCCUGAACAAAGGGCCUGUCGGCCGGGUCAUCCCUGCUUGGGACCUGGAGCGAGUGAGAGCCAAGCACAUGUGUAGCUGCAGCUUCCUUUUCUCCCCAGACGUGU